AAAAAAAAAUGAAGUGCACUUAAAGGAAGCUUUCAUCUUUUUCACUAACCCAAAAGCCAAAGAAACAGGCAGAAAGAAAAGGAUUUGCAAAGGAUUUUUUGUUUUUUUUUUGUUCUUAGAAAGAAAAGGACUUGCAAAGGAUUUUUUUUUUUUUUUUAACAUGAACCUAUAGUAUAGAAACACCUGCCUUUGCAGUAGCCUAGUGAAAAAACAAAGAACAAAACAAGGAAAGAAAGGAAAGGAUUUGUAUUAGGCUUUGAAGACAGCCAAAAAGAAGAAGAGAAAGAAAAGGAAAGAUCAAAGGAAACUGAGGAUGGUGCCCUCAACAAUAAGUGAGAUGUGGACAACAAUGGGCUCAACCAUUGCCAGCUUCAUGUUCCUGUGGGCUAUAGUUCGCCAAUAUUGCCCUUACGAGGUGCGCCGUUACUUUGAAAAAUAUACUCAUAGAAUCAUCGGCGUUUUCUACCCUUACAUCAAGAUUUCAAUCCAUGAGUUCACUGGAGAUCGCCUGAAGCGCAGUGAGGCUUAUGUUGCUGUCGAGGCAUACCUGAGCGCAAACUCUUCCAAGAGCGCUAAAAGACUCAAAGCCGAGAUGGGGAAAGAUAGUACCAACUUGGUUCUUAGCAUGGAUGAGUAUGAGAGGGUGACAGACGAAUAUAGGGGUGCUAAAGUCUGGUGGGUUGCCAGCAAAGUUGUGUCGCCAACGAGGCCCAUGUCCUAUUAUCCGGAACAGGAGAAGAGGUACUAUAGGCUUACUUUUCACAAGCGGUACAGGGAGAUGAUAACUGGGGCUUACUUGGAGCAUGUGGUGAAGGAAGGGAAGGAAAUCAGGGUGAGAAACAGGCAGAGGAAGCUUUAUACUAAUAGUCCUGGAUAUAAGUGGCCAAGCUAUAAGCAGACCAUGUGGAGUCAUAUUGUGUUUGAGCAUCCGGCAACAUUUGAGACAAUGGCGUUGGAUCCAGACAGGAAGAAGGAGAUUAUCGAAGAUCUUGUUACUUUUAGCCAGAGUAAAGAGUUUUAUGCAAGGAUUGGGAAGGCCUGGAAAAGAGGGUAUCUUCUCUAUGGGCCUCCUGGGACUGGGAAAUCGACUAUGAUUGCUGCAAUGGCUAAUUUGUUGAAUUAUGAUGUUUACGAUCUUGAGCUCACCGCAGUGAAGGAUAACACGGAGCUGAGAAAGCUGUUAAUUGAGACAACCAGUAAGUCCAUUAUAGUAAUUGAAGAUAUAGACUGCUCGCUUGACCUCACAGGUCAGAGGAAGAAGAAAGCAGAGAAACCUUUGCACGUCGAUGAGAAAGAAAAGAUGGAUAAGGAGAAGAAAGAAUCAAAGGAAGAAGGCAGCAGCAAAGUUACUCUUUCGGGGCUAUUGAAUUUCAUAGAUGGACUCUGGUCUGCCUGUGGGGGAGAGAGGUUGAUCGUGUUUACCACCAAUUACGUGGAGAAACUCGAUCCGGCUUUGAUAAGAAGGGGCAGGAUGGACAAACAUAUUGAGCUUUCCUACUGUAGUUUUGAGGGGUUCAAAGUGCUCGCAAAAAAUUACCUGAAUCUGGAAACCCAUCCAAUGUUUGACACAAUUCAUGGGUUGAUGAAGGAGACCAACAUCACACCUGCCGAUGUUGCAGAGAACCUAAUGCCUAAGUCUCCGGUAGACAAUGCUGAGAAAUGUCUUUCAAGCUUGAUUCAAGCUCUUGAGGAGGCCAAGGAAGAAGCUGCCAAUAGGAAUGCGGAAAAAGAAGCAGCAGCCAGAAAGAUAGCAGAGCAGGAAGAAGCGACAUCCAAGCAAACUGAGGAUCCCAUUCCUGCGAGGGAAGAUGUUGGUCGAUCCCAAGAGAACAACUAGACAAAUAAGCCUUCGUGAAUUGAUGUAAGCAGGUUCCCAAUUGAUUCCUGAACAAAAAUUUAUUAAUGCCCCGAUUCAUGCAGUGGCUGUUAGAAGCGAUUCUAUUUAGCUGUUAAAAGCAGUGAGCUACCAGAUUAGACAAAGUAUAGACACGGGCAAGUUUCAUUUAGACAACUUGAGCAUAAGAUGAAUGUUCAUUUAGUGCGGAAAAACAAAAGAUAAUAAUUCCAGAGCAGUGAGUAUAACAACGA